GAAUAUUAUAUUUUUUAAGUUGGCCCACACCACAGUCCACAGACCAUUGACCACAGUUAGUUUCAUACAAAUAAUAAUUAAUUGACUGAUAUUUUUUACGUUUUUCGAUUUCGUUGUUAAUUCUAUACAUUAUAAUGGCAAGCGAUGAGAUUCCUUUUGCGAAAGCAAUCGCGAAAUACAGACCUCCUCCAAUAAAUAAAGACACUGCAAUCAACUACUACGCCCCGGUGUUUGGCUCAUUCAAUUAUGCAUUUUUAUCCAUCAACGUGAUGAACCCUGGGAUUUUGCAAAGAGUUCUACCCAAACCAGACCUCACAAAUAUAUUUUUGUUCAACUCUUGCCUCGGGUCGUUUCUAUUUAUCGCUGGACGCCCACAUCUCAGUGAAGCGCCUCUCAAACUGCGCGUAGCAUACAGCGUGUACGGAUCA